GUGGGGGAGAGGGAAACACGCCGCUCCUGCCCAGUGAGCGUGCGUGUCCCGGAGCCAGCUCCCCCAGAGCACAUGCCAUUUCUGGCCCCUGAAGGGGUUAAAGGCCUCCUGGAGUCAAAAUCAAGCAGGUGUCCCACCGUGCCAGAUACGCCGCCUAAACUGCUUCCAGCUUUCUCUCCUUCUGCGAAAGUCUGUGGUCAGCCGGGACAGAGGAGCCGCAGCCGGCCUGUGACAGGCAUCAGGUUAGCUCGCUCCCACGCGGGGGGCGCCCAGGGUAUAAAUCCCGGCCGGGCCCCUGCUGGGGCUCCCCUCCCCGCUCUCUCAGGAGAGAGGGCUUCCUUGCAAAGACCUUUCUUUCCUCUGAAGCCGCACAACUCAGCGGGCUCCACUGCUCGCUGGAGGCGGCCUGGGCAGCCGCAGCCUGACCAGCAGCAAGGACGCCUGCUGGGGGUGGGGGUGAGGGCAGGUGUCUGCAGCCCCGAGAGGGAGAAGGCGCCGGUGGGUCCAGCCCCUGGCAGCGUCCCAGGGAGGCCUCUGGCCGCCGCAGACCGCACCAUGUGGGCCCUGGGAGGCCGCCGGUUCUGCUCCCGCUGGGGGCGGGUGGCGGUGCUGCUGCUCCUGCUCGGGGUGCCCCCGAGAGGCCUGGCACUGCCACCCAUCCGUUAUUCCCACGCUGGCAUCUGCCCCAACGACAUGAACCCCAACCUCUGGGUGGAUGCCCAGAGCACCUGCAAGCGGGAGUGUGAGACGGACCAGGAAUGUGAGACCUACGAGAAGUGCUGCCCCAACGUGUGUGGGACCAAGAGCUGCGUGGCCGCCCGCUACAUGGACGUGAAGGGGAAGAAGGGCCCGGUGGGCAUGCCCCAGGAGGCCACGUGCGACCACUUCAUGUGCCUGCAGCAGGGCUCCGAGUGCGACAUCUGGGACGGCCAGCCCGUGUGCAAGUGCAGAGACCGCUGCGAGAAGGAGCCCAGCUUCACCUGCGCCUCGGACGGCCUCACCUACUACAACCGCUGCUACAUGGACGCGGAGGCCUGCUCCAAGGGCAUCACGCUGGCCGUGGUCACCUGCCGCUAUCACUUCACCUGGCCCAACACCAGCCCCCCGCUGCCCGAGACCACGGUGCCGCCCACCACCGCCCCCCCGGAGACCCCCGGGCGGGACGCGGCGGCCCCCGCGCUGCUCACCCACCCCGCGCACCAGUCGGUGACCGUGGGCGAGACCGUGAGCUUCCUCUGCGAGGUGGUGGGCCGGCCCCGGCCGGACGUCACCUGGGAGAAGCAGCUGGAGGACCGGGAGAACGUGGUCAUGCGGCCCAACCACGUGCGCGGCAACGUGGUGGUCACCAACAUCGGCCAGCUGGUCAUCUACAACGCCCAGCUGCAGGACGCGGGCAUCUACACCUGCACGGCCCGCAACGCCGCCGGCGUCCUGCGCGCCGACUUCCCGCUGUCGGUGGUCCGGGGGGGCCAGGCGGCGGCCACGGCCGAGGACAGCGGCCCCAACGGCACGGCCUUCCCGGCGGCCGAGUGCCUGCAGCCCCCCGACAGCGAGGACUGCGGCGAGGAGCAGACCGGCUGGCACUUCGACGCCCAGGCCAACAACUGCCUCACCUUCACCUUCGGCCACUGCCACCGCAACCGCAACCACUUCGAGACGUACGCGGCCUGCGCGCGGGCCUGCAUGACGGGGCCGCUGGCCGCCUGCAGCCUGCCCGCCCUGCAGGGGCCCUGCAAGGCCUACGCCCCCCGCUGGGCCUACAACCGCCAGGCGGGCCAGUGCCAGUCCUUCGUCUACGGCGGCUGCGAGGGCAACGGCAACAACUUCGAGAGCCGCGAGGCCUGCGAGGAGUCCUGCCCCUUCCCGUGGGGCGGCCAGCGCUGCCAGGCCUGCAAGCCCCGGCAGAAGCUCGUGACCAGCUUCUGCCGGAGCGACUUCGUCAUCUUGGGCCGCGUGUCCGAGCUGACCGAGGAGCCCGACGCGGGCCGCGCCCUGGUGACCGUGGACGAGGUCCUGAAGGACGAGAAGAUGGGCCUCAAGUUCCUGGGCCGGGAGCCGCUGGAGGUGACGCUGCUCCACGUGGACUGGACCUGCCCCUGCCCCAACGUGACGGUGGGCGAGACGCCGCUCAUCAUCAUGGGGGAGGUGGAGGGCGGCAUGGCCAUGCUGAGGCCCGACAGCUUUGUGGGAGCGUCCAGCGGCCGGCGGGUUCGGAAGCUGCGCGAGGUCCUGCACAGGAAGACCUGCGAGGUCCUCAAGGAGUUCCCGGGCUCACACUGAGCCCCUCCCCCGUCCCCGGUCCA